GCAGUUUGUUUUGUUCUCAGUGAGAGACAUAACAUUACAGAUUUGUGGAUACUGCAAGUGUUCCUUUAUUACUUUUACAGCUAAAGAUGGGAUGGUGGAUGGCAACGUGCUGCGAUGGCUGCAAUGGUGGAUGGCAGCGGUGCUCCGAGCAGCCUCAUAGUCGAUCCAUCUCUUAAAAGGAAUUUUGUAAUGUUUUUUUUUCUAUCAUUAUUAUUUAGUUCUAUUAUAACGGUUCUUAGAAAAUAGGGGUGUAUUAGAUUUUUGUUGUUUUUUGUUGUAGAGGUAACAAUUUAUGGUGUUUAGUUGAUGUUAUCAUCAGUAAUUUGGGAUUAAUGUUUCAAUUUAUUGUUUUGUUAGGAUAGAUAAUCAACUUUAGACUAGGGGUAAUUUGGGAUUAAUGUUUCAAUUUAUUUUUUUGUUAGGCCAGAUAAUCAACUUUAGACUAGGGGUGUAUCAGAUUUGUUAAUGGUUUCUCAUACGGGUCGACACGUUUCGGUUCACUAACGGGCCAGGCUGGGUCAAGAGUUUCAGAAUUAGCCUGUUUGGACAUGUUGUCAUGUAUCAAACAAAGGGUCAGUUUGCAUUUUUGGUUUUUAUAGGUUGGCCUGAAAGGAAAAUCCAAAAACAUAGCAUCGUCAGUGGGGAUUUCAUCGGUUGAUUGGACAUAAUCAUUGUUACGACAAGUACACAGAUCACUUACAUGGUAGAAGGUAUGGUUUUUGUUUCUGUAGAGGUGGCAAAACGAGUGGGUCACAUGUCUUUAGAACCUCAAAAUGUGGUACUCUUUUGUGCAGACUAUAAAUGGUUGGCGGAUAUUCAUAGUAGGUUUUUAUUUCUCUGAAAACACUUUGGGCAACUUUCAACCCAUCAGUUUUUUUCUUAUUUAGAUCAUUUGACCCGUUAAAUAUAAACAUGCAUUAACCAGUUGUGAACUUGUAGGCUUAUUUCAGUGCACCAGCAGGGCCGGCCUUUGGCUAUUGAGAUGAAGAGCAUGGGAAAGGGUCAGGUAUGGAUCAAUGGUCAGAGCAUAUGAAGAUAUUGGACAGUUCAUGCAAAAGGUAGUUGUACGGGCUGCAACUAUACAAUGCUGGUACAUAUCGACCAACCAAGUGUCAAACUCAUUGCAGGAAACCAACUCAACGAUGGUUUAUUUAACCACUUCCCUUCAUCAACGAUAUUAGUACAUAGCAGAUUAUUUGAAGAUUCUUGUUCUUCUUACUUUAUUUAUUGUUUCUCAGUGCUCAUGUGUUACUCGAAAUUGGCAUGGGCAUUAAAUGAGCUGGAGCCUAAAAUCAAGCUUGUUGAAUAAAGAGCCUGAGCCCGAGCUUCUAUUAAAUGAGUUGGAGCCUAAAAUCAAGCUUGUUGAAUAAAGAGCCUGAGCCCGAGCUUCUAUUAAAUGAGUUGGAGCCUAAAAUCAAGUUUGUUGCAACUACAACUGAAGUCGAAGCUGCAGCCUCGGCUGCCAAUGCUCACAGCUUCAUUACCUUGCUUCCUAACGGCUACAACACGCAACUGGGUGAGCGCGGUGUUCAGCUAUCCGGUGGUCAAAAACAACGAAUCGCAAUCGCAAGAGCGAUGUUAAGAAACCCGAAAAUCCUCUUGCUUGAUGAGGCCACAAGCGCGCUUGAUUCCGGUUCUGAAAGCAUUGUUCAGGAAGCGCUUGACCGGUUAAUGGUUGGAAGGACAACUGUUGUGGUUGCUCAUCGGUUAUCCAAUAUACGAAAUGUUGAUUCGAUAGCGGUUAUUCAACAAGGACAGAUUGUCGAAACAGGAACACAUGAAGAACUGAUUUCAAAACCGGGUGCGUACGCUUCGUUAAUCAGGUUCCAAGAAAUGGUGGGAAACCGAGACUUUUCGAACCUGUCAACUCAUCAUACGCAUUCGUCACGAUUGAGUAAUUCGUUGUCGACAAAAUCGCUUAGCCUCAGGUCUGGAAGCUUGAGGAAUUUAAGCACUGGUGCGGAUGGGCGUAUUGAAAUGAUAUCGAAUGCUGAAACCGAUAGAAAGAAUCCAGCUCCGAGCGGUUAUUUCUUUCUUCGUCUUUUGAAAAUGAAUGCACCCGAAUGGCCUUAUUCGUUAAUGGGUGCGGUCGGUUCGAUUCUGUCUGGAUUCAUUGAUCCAACUUUUGCCAUUGUGAUGAGCAAUAUGAUUGAGGUUUUUUACUUUGAUAACCUGACUCGAAUGGAGCGAAAGACCAAAGAAAGUGUUUCCAUUUACGUUGGAGUGGGUUUGUACGCGGUUGUCGCAUAUUUAAUCCAACAUUACUUCUUUAGUAUCAUGGGAGAGAACCUCACUACAAGAGUAAGAAGGAUGAUGUUUUCAGGUAUCUGCAGUGCAGUUUUGGCGCAGACUAAACAAAUGGGGAAGCUUCCAGUAGUGGUGCAGUUGUUUACACAAAAGGAAGAGACGGUUCGCUGCAAGAGCUUGGGUGUACAGAAGUUGUGUUGAAUCUAAUAAAUCCUCAGCGGAUCACAAAAAAAUAAAAGUCUCAUCUGAUGGGCUUCGAGGCUCAAGCAGUGGCGUUAAAAUGCAAGGAUCUGCAUGAGCUUCGGGUUUCCUAGGCUCACGGUUUUACAGCAUCUCAAGAAGAUGAAAUUGGAUUCAAAGAAUCUCAAGAAGAUGACAUGUUUUACAGCAAGCCUUGUAUUUAUGUGCGAGAGAUUUAAUUAUGGUGUAAUAACAAUUAGAAUCUUUUCUAAAUUCAGUCUAAUUUACGAGUGACUUUUAAUUC